AUGCACUCUAAUCCGCCCCCGCCUCUCGAGCUCGUCGACAGCGCCAUUCACCAUAACAUGCUUGCUGUCCAUUCUCAAUACGGCCAUGGCCAUCAGCUUUAUGCGCCUCUCCCUUCGCACCCAUUGGACUACGUGUCCUCGUCCUCUUCUUGCGAGCCAACGCCUCCGCCAUCGAUGGGUCCCAAGCGGUAUCGAAGCACACCUCCAAAGUUCCAAUGUGUCGGUUAUGGGGACUGCAGGAUGAUUUUCAGUCGAAGCGAGCAUCUGGCAAGGCACAUAAGAAAACAUACCGGUGAACGUCCUUUCACCUGUCACUGCGGCAAGCAGUUUUCUCGCCUCGACAAUCUUCGCCAGCAUGCCCAGACCGUCCACUCCGCCCCCGAGGACCGACCACUGAAUGAGCGCAUGAUGCGAGCCCUUGCUGGUAUUAAUGCCAGCAUGAUGGCCGGUGUUCGACGUAGACGGUAUGGCAACGGUGGCCCAGCGACAAGUCCCAGUUCGCCCUUGCCCAUGAUGUAUUCGCCGGGCUACGCGAGCAGCUCCAUGUCGUCUUCUCCAGGCCUUUCAAGCUCUGGCUCUUCUUGUGCCUCCCCUGCACUCAGCAAUGCCCCUUUCCCAUACGAACCCGAGUCAGGUCAUGCCGUUUUUGCCGCCUACACUGCGGGGUACCCCUCUGGCUCGCAUUCUUUGCCAGCCUCUCCUUCGUACCCGUCUUUCCAGUCACAGUACACGUCUCAUUCCCCCUACCCUCCCCAUCAACCCCAAUCCGCCCCUGCUUUCGAAGUCGAGGCGAGCGAUUAUCUUGCCGCCGGCGCCAUCGCUUCUCAAGUUCACGGUCAUGCGAUAGUCAAGCAAGAGGAGGUCGACCUUGGGUUAGACCUGGAUGAGUUUUACCGUGCCGUCUGCGGCUCUCCAUCGGACUUUGUCGCCGGUCCUGGAUACGACUGCGAUUCGUCAUCAAGUCCAAGCCCGCCUCAAAGCCCCGAAUACUACUCUAAUCACCAAGAGCGGGAGAUGACGAAUGCGGAGUAUUAUCGUGCGGUCCAGGCCGAAUACUAUUCUCAACAACCUCAAGCGGCUUAUGCCUUUGCUUCUUGA